UCGCGCCCUCGCGCCCUCGCGCCGGGGGCGGGCUUGCUGCGCGUGCCGGGCGGGGAAACGGCGCGAGCCGAGCGCCUGAGAACGUUCGCCGCGGGGGCGGCUCCGGGGCCUGAGCGGGCACCGCCGUCACCUCAGCCGCCCGGGCCGGGCCGGAGGAGGCGGAGGAGGCUGCGGCCGUCCGAGACCUUCUCGACGUCCCCAGCUCCGGCCGGGAAGAGAAGAGAAAAGAAGAAGUGUUAGAGGAAGGAUAGUGAAGAAUUUUCCUGAAAUAAGCAAGGACGUGACUUCUCUUUCAGGGAAGUUUGACUCUUUACACUAAGAUGAUUGAGGAAAGUGGAAACAAGCGGAAGACCAUGGCCGAGAAGAGGCAGCUAUUCAUAGAAAUGCGUGCUCAGAAUUUUGAUGUCAUACGACUAUCAACUUAUAGAACAGCUUGCAAAUUACGAUUUGUACAAAAACGAUGCAACCUCCACCUGGUUGAUAUCUGGAACAUGAUUGAAGCCUUCCGAGACAAUGGCCUUAAUACACUGGACCAUACCACUGAGAUUAGUGUGUCCCGCCUUGAAACCGUCAUCUCCUCUGUCUACUACCAGCUGAGCAAGCGCCUUCCUUCCACUCACCAGAUCAGCGUGGAGCAGUCCAUCAGCCUCCUCCUCAACUUCAUGAUUGCUGCAUAUGACAGUGAGGGCCGAGGCAAGUUGACCGUAUUUUCAGUUAAAGCUAUGUUAGCAACCAUGUGUGGUGGAAAAAUGCUGGACAAAUUGAGAUAUGUUUUCUCCCAGAUGUCAGAUUCCAAUGGCUUAAUGAUAUUUAGCAAGUUUGACCAGUUUCUGAAGGAAGUUCUGAAGCUCCCAACAGCUGUCUUUGAAGGGCCAUCUUUUGGUUACACAGAGCACUCAGUCCGCACCUGUUUUCCACAGCAGAAGAAGAUAAUGCUAAAUAUGUUUUUAGACACAAUGAUGGCCGAUCCUCCUCCCCAGUGCCUUGUCUGGCUACCUCUCAUGCACAGGCUCGCCCAUGUUGAGAAUGUCUUCCACCCCGUGGAGUGCUCCUACUGCCGCUGCGAGAGCAUGAUGGGCUUCCGGUACCGAUGCCAGCAGUGCCACAACUACCAGCUCUGCCAGAACUGCUUCUGGCGCGGCCAUGCCAGCGGCCCUCACAGCAACCAACACCAGAUGAAGGAGCACUCGUCUUGGAAAUCCCCUGCAAAGAAGCUGAGCCAUGCAAUUAGUAAAUCUUUGGGGUGCGUGCCCACCAGAGAACCCCCGCAUCCUGUUUUUCCUGAGCAACCAGAGAAACCACUUGACCUUGCAAAUAUAGUUCCCCCUCGCCCGCUGGCUAAUAUGAAUGACACCCUGGUGAGCCACGCCUCAGCGUCCUCUGGAGUGCCCACCCCCACCAAGAGGUUACAGUAUAGCCAGGACAUACCCAGUCACUCGGCCGAUGAGCACGCGCUGAUAGCCUCCUAUGUGGCCCGUCUGCAGCACUGUGCACGCGUCCUGGACAGUCCCAGCCGACUAGAUGAGGAACACCGACUUAUAGCUCGCUACGCUGCCCGGCUGGCUGCAGAAGCAGGAAACAUGACCCGUCCUCCCACUGACUUGAGCUUUAACUCUGAUGCCAACAAACAGCAAAGACAACUUAUAGCAGAACUGGAAAACAAAAACAGGGAGAUCCUGCAAGAGAUCCAGCGUCUCCGUCUGGAGCAUGAGCAGGCUUCCCAGCCCACCCCCGAGAAGGCGCAGCAGAACCCCACAUUGCUGGCCGAGCUGCGGCUGCUGAGGCAGAGGAAGGACGAGCUGGAGCAGAGAAUGUCGGCACUGCAGGAGAGCAGGCGCGAGCUGAUGGUUCAGCUGGAAGGGCUGAUGAAGCUGCUGAAGGAGGAAGAGCAAAAGCAGGCAGCUCAGGCCACAGGGUCACCGCACACGUCGCCCACGCACGGAGGCGGCCGCCCGAUGCCCAUGCCCGUGCGCUCCACGUCCGCCGGCUCCACCCCCACGCACUGCCCGCAGGACCCACUGAGCGGAGUCGGGGGAGACCUGCAGGAGGCCUUUGCCCAAGGUACGAGGAGAAACCUCCGCAAUGACCUGCUGGUGGCCGCGGACUCCAUCACCAACACCAUGUCGUCCCUGGUGAAGGAGCUCCACUCAGGCUCUGGUCUCACUGAAGCUGUCACCUGCGUCUGUCGCUCUUCGCCCUCUGUUCGGUGGUCAAUGCAGCUCCUUCCUCGUCUCUCCCGCGCUUAGCUCUUUCAGUGACUGUCCGGAGACCCUCACCGUAUUUUUCCCUUUAUGUAAAACCCAGGAAAGAGAGAAAUCAUAAAAGGCAGUUCCGCUAUCGUCAUAUUGUCAAGAAUCCCCAUGACUCCCUUAGCUUUGUAACUGCCAGAUGUUUACUAAUUUGUUUACAGUGGUCAGAUUCCCAUGUUCCCUAUUAGACAGACAGGUUCUCUCCCUGAGUAUACCCAUGGUCCUCUGUUGUUUCUUUUCAGCUAAUAUAGUGCUUUUAAAUGCCUUGGAGUCACUUAACAAGGCUAUUAAAUAAAAAUGUAAAGCAGGUUUCCCAUGGGCUGUUCAAACACAGCCACUGAAAUCAUCAGUCCCCACUCUGAGGGCAGGGAAGCCUCGGGUAUGUCCUCAGACCUUUAAAGGAGAAAGCAUAUACCUAUGGCUGGCCCGUGGUUCCCCCUCAAACCUGCUGAUUUCCACUUAGAAGAGAGUAAGUGCAUGGCCUGGGUUGGUUUUCCCAAGGCAGUUAAGAUAAGAUGCUGGUUCCCCCUUGCAGGGAGUGUGAAGGGGAUGCUGCCUCUGUUCUGGUACCAUUUCUCAAUCCUUUUUUUUUUUUUUUUUUUUUUUAAAUUUAUUUAUUUGGCAGAGAGGGACAG